ACUUCGUAGCCGGUGCAGUGGUGCAGUGAAUAAAAUAUUGCCGAAAUAAAUAAUUGUUAAUUUUAUUCCUUCUAAGUUGAGUAAACGAUAUGGUUUAAGAGUCGCCACUAUUAAUUUCACAUCUCCAAAAUGACUUACCGCUUUAAACCAGCGGAACUGCAGCAUUUUAACUGGAUGUUUAACUUAGCGCCUUGCUUUCCUGUUAGUGCUUCUAAAAUAAAUAUUAUAAGUGAGCCGAGUAAGUUUUAUGAUGUACUUUGUGAGAGAUUUCGUAAUGCAAAACACAGGAUAUCCGUGGCUAGUUUAUACAUCGGUACAGGCGAUCUAGAGAAGAAUUUACUAAAGGUUACGGUGCAGAAAGUUAAGGUUACUAAAGAUUUGAAUUUCAAUGUUCUACUUGACUAUCAGCGAGGUACUCGAGGGCUGGUCAACUCGCAGACCUUGUUUCGGCAGUUCGUGAACGGAAUUUCUGAUAGAUGCCAUUUAUCGCUGUAUCAAACUCCAAGACUCCAUGGUGCUUGGUCUAAAGUCCUCCCAUCUCGCUACAAUGAGAUUGUAGGCCUCCAACAUAUGAAGUUGUAUAUCGCGGAUGAUUCUGUAAUAUUGAGCGGAGCAAACUGUUCUAAUGAUUACUUUAACCAACGGCAGGACAGAUACAUAGAGAUUAAGGAUGGUGAUCUAACAAAUUUUUAUUGUGAAAUAAUAGAUGAGAUAGUAAGAUAUAGCAAGCAAGAUGGCAAAGAUAGUGAAAUUAUAUCUAAAGAUAAGGAUGCGAUAGUAACUGAGCUUAGUCAAAAUAUUGUAAAUAUCAUAGACAGAUGGAAAGAUAGACAGACUGUAAAACUGUCAACACUGGACAAAACUGUAGAAAACGAUACAUGGGUGUUUCCAUUGUUACAAAUGGGAGAAUUCAAUGUAACUCAAGAUGAGCAGGCAACUAGCAGGAUACUUUCAUCCGCACCAAGAGGCUCUUUCCUUAGACUUGCAACUGGAUAUUUCAAUCUGACUGAGAAUUAUGCCAAAAUUCUACUCAAAGAUUGCAAAGCUAGUAUUAGUCUUCUGAUGGCGCAUCCAAAUGCUAAUGGCUUCAUGGGUGCGGCAGGACCAGCCGGUGGUAUUCCAUAUGCUUACUCUUUGAUAGCACAACAGUUUUGGCAGAAAGUAGUAGACUACAAUCAACCAAGCAGGGUACAGAUGCUGGAAUAUGAACGGAAAGGCUGGACGUUUCAUGCCAAGGGACUUUGGUACUAUCCGCCCGGCAGUGGGGUUCCGUGGAUGACGGUAGUAGGUUCAGCCAAUUUGGGCGAGCGGUCGGUGCGCAGGGACCUCGAGGCGCAGGCUGCUAUAUUUACAUCAUCACAUGACCUACAGAAUAGACUGCACAACGAAUGCUCUCGACUCCACGACUACGCAUCGGAAUGCAGCAGCGAUUUGCAGGAAAGACGAACACCUCUCUGGGUGCGAGCCACCGUGGGGCUGUUUAGAACUUACUUCUAGGCUAUUUGUACAAAUCAAACUUAAUUAAAAACGCUUAAUAGUGACAGUAUUAAGAGCAUCAAUGUUACCAUCGUGUUACCAUUUGAAAUCGAUAUAGGACCUACUUGAAUAUUAUGUUUCUUGAAAUUUUUGUACUUGAAACAAAAUAAGACAAAAGAAGCUCCAUCAUAAUACUCCGUAAGGGUGACCAAUCUACACUGAGCUAUGCUGUGCUAUGCUUUUUCGCUCCUAUUAGAUUAUAGUGAAGAUAUAAACCUAUUGCACUGCGCUUUUAAUGGCUGUGCUGUGUUUAAAACAAGCAAGAAUUACGCGAUACAUGUUGGCUAGUCAUUAAAUUACCCAUCUCGCUCAGUCUUCCAUCUAUUUCGCUUGCACUUGUGACCAUAUCGCGCUGUCGCUGUCGCACAGCACACAGCGCAGCUCAAGUUGUUUGUAGCAUAAACAGCACCAGUUAGGUUAGCUAAGAACAGCACAGCUCAAUGGCAAUUGGUCACCCUAAAGCGCUUUGCAGAUGGAGCAAUUUCAGUUGAACAAUUUCAGUUGAAUAAACUAUCAACUUUUUCAAUAUUUCCUUUAAAAGUUCCCAGUUGCUACAACCAAAUAGCCGGGUUUACGAUUGCCGCAAUUUUAUGGCAAUCUGUGAGCGACUUUAUAGCCGAGUUGCUUAAUCUACGUACAGUAUGACGACGGAUAUCGAAGAAGCAGCACUUGUACUCACUCUAUUACGUCAACGGCGUCAACAACGACAAAUUAUUUACAGCCGAUACAAAUUCGAUAAUUGCGAGUUGCACUAGCUUGGUUAUCAAUUGUAGCAACUGAUAACUGUUGUCGAUCACCAGAACUCGCAACUCGAAUUGCUACAUGUGCGCAGUUCCAUUGAGAUAUGUAAACAGCUAGUUGCCAGUUGCCGCAAUAGAUGUUCCAUCUGCAAAGCGCCUAAAAAGUGAUGCAUUUAACUUAUUUUUGUGACGUUCCAUUCGCCCUUCAACUGCGUGAAAAUAUGUGCUUUUAAAAUUACUUUGAGUGGAUGAAAUAAUGUAUUUUCAGGGUCCAUUUGUUAGUGAUAUUUUGUUAAUUAUUAAGUUUAAAAUAAUUUAUAGUAUAGUAUGUAAUACAAUAGAAUAUAAAUGUAUCCAGGAUCUUAGGGUCAACGCCGCAUAUGAACGUAGUGGCGCAGAGCUGAGUCUUCUUGAUAACAACUUAAAUUCUGCUUUAUUUACUUUGGCAUACAGUUGAAAUUGGUUUACUGAAAACAAAACGGAGGACGCAUGUCGCGUUUAGGUAGGCGGUUUUCUAGGUUAAGUCCUCAUUCGUACGAGAGCUUUUUUAACGUCUGUUAAAAAAGCGUUCAAAUAAAACGAAUGCAUUCCCAAGUAUCUGUUCACACGUCAACGCUUUUUUAAUUUUGUCACGCACUUUGUAUUGUCAGCGGAACGCCGGGUUUUAACGCAGCGCUUUUUUAACGCUCGUGCGAAUGAGGCCUGCUCGACUCGUUUCUCGCUAAGCGUCGGCGUUCAGACCACUGUCUUAAUUUGAGUUGUCAAGAAAGACGCCGCGCUCUGAUGGCUCGACUACAUCCUGGCGGUGUGCGAUGUGGCCUAUGUUAUAUUGAUUUUAAUUUAGAAUUCUUAACUGUUGAUCACAAUUAAUAUUUACCAAAGCAAAUAAAUUUUCAUGUGUUUAA